UUUUUUUUUUUUUUCUUUCCAAAAUUUAUCAGGUUCUUGUGAAGGCCAGGCAAGGAAAAAAAAAAACCCCAAUACAAUAAAUGGGCCAUCAAGCGGUAUCCGUACUCGUAUCGCUAUUCGGCACUCGUAACUGGUAAUCGGUGUGAAGAAGAUCCUAGUUUCAGCUGCAGGAGAAUGAGGGUGAGAAGCGUAAACAUGCUGCCCUUCCCAGACUAAAAGCUUCAUGAACGGUGGCCGUGCGCUCCCCCUCCUCCUUUCCAUGCGUGACUCCUUCCUCCUCCGUGUCUUACAUCCUGCUACCUCCCCUCCUCCCUCGCAUCUCUCUUCCGUGACCGCCUCCCUCGCUCCCUCCGCCGUCCCGCGCACCUGCUCCCCCCCCGACCACGUUCGCGCGGCUUUGACAUUUCCCACGCAAAUGUUUCCGCAUGGAGCCGAGUAGCGCGAGCCUGGGGGAUCUGCCCACGGACAGCUGGAUGAGUCGCCUGCCGCCGGCCCUGUGGGACACCCCGCUCUACCACCUGGCCAUUCCGGGCAGCCACAACGCCAUCACCUACUGUCUGGACAGCAACCAAAGAUCCCCCGUCGACCUCGCGCAGCCCGACGUGCUGCAGAAGCUGGACAGGUUCAUGAAGCCCCUCGUCCGGCCCCUCCUGUACAAGUGGGCCGUAACGCAGGAGUACUCGGUGACGCAGCAGCUGGACUGCGGCGUCCGCUAUUGCGACCUGCGAAUCGCGCACAGGCCCAACGACGGCUCCACCGACCUCUACUUCUACCACGGCGUCUACACCACGCUCACUGUGGAGACGGUUCUGGGCGAGAUCCGCCAGUGGCUGGACGCUCACCCCAAAGAAGUGGUCGUCCUGUCCUUCAGCCAUUUCCUGGACAUCAGCUGCGAGCUCCACAUGCUGCUGCUCGCCACCAUACGAAACGUCUUCUCCUCCAAACUCUGUCCCAAAAUGGAAGCGCUAACCCUUCGGAAGCUGUGGUCGUCGGGCUGCCAGGUGAUCGUGUCGUACGAGCACGCCGUCGUCCGCCACGGCGACCUUUGGCCUCACAUUCCUUACUGGUGGGCCAACAAGUGCAAAGCCGAGGCCCUCGUUGAGGCCUUCGAGCUCAGGAAGCAACGGGGCAGACCGGGAGGUUUUUUCGUCACCGGAAUCAACCUGACAGCGGACCUGAAGUACAUCUGCACGCAUCUGACCGAGUCGCUGAAGGACUUGGCGAUGUCCGCCAACCCCGCGCUGCUGACGUGGCUCACGGAGCAGGCGCCCGGCAACCAGCCGGGCGCGCUCAACAUCGUGGCGGCCGACUUUGUCACCGAGAGCCGCUUUGCGCAAACCGUCGUGGCGCUCAACGACAAACUGCUGCGCUAAGAACCACCACCCUCCAAAAAACAAACAAACAAAAAGCAUGAAAUGCACACGUUUAUUUUUCUUUCCCUACCGAAUGACUGAAAAGCACGCUGGAAUACUUGAAGUAGUGACCGGCAAAUCGCACACGAAGCUCAACUUUGUUUAGAGAUGCAAUUUUCUUUCUGUGUGUAAAGGUGACCGAAGCAAUAACAACACGGGUAAUGUCGUCACCCGAGUCCUCCGAGGUCCAUCGUCAUAAAAGCGAGUCAACCUCAGAUCCAAGACUUCGUAUUUGCGGCUCGGUGAAACGUUUCGGCGAGAACCGGUUGUUUCUUCCUCGGACCCGCCAGCCCAGAUCUACGUGACAUCGCCUUGAGAGAAACGAUGUCGUUGAAAAGCCGUGUGACACAGAGGAACGUGUCAUUUGCGACGGGGUCGCCCCAAAAAGCUGCAUUUUGCCCCACGGCGAAUACCAGUGGGGUUCACUGGAUGCAAAUUCCAAAAUUCGGAUUCAGGAAGCGUUCAAUGCCACGGAUUCCUAAGUUCUCAUAUUUGCUCGCCGUGCCAAAUGUUUCCUCGUCUACGGUAUCUCACAAACGUGAGUACACCCCUCGCACUUUUGUAAAUAUUUGCUUAUAUCUUUUCACGGGACGACAUGGAAAAAAAAAAAGAUGACACUUCGCUACGAUGUAAAGUAGUCAUUGUACAGCUUGCUAAAUGUACUGCCCCCUCAUAACAACAAAAGUGAGUACACCCCUAAGUGAAAAUGUCCACAUUGGGUCCAAUGUCCCUCCUUUUCACUCAUUAAUGUUCCAAGGUCUCAGGUGCGAAUAGGGAGCAAGUGUUUUCGCAUUAAAGAACUCUCUGAGAUGAUGACAA